AGAAUAGGUGAAUCAACGUUGGCUUGCCUUAAUUGGGCGGAGUAGUUUAACUGAGGAAUAUGUGAAACCUUGACGACACGUUUGGCGUGAGAUUGCUAACUGCCUCCCCUGCUCUCAAAAGAUUCAAGACUACCCAGAGGCAGAAUCAUAAUUAUUUCACAUGGCUACUGCAGAUGAGGCCAUCACUUUGCUUGGCAUUACGCUUUCUACAAGACCCAAAUGGCAACAGCUCCUGAUUUGCUCUGCUGGAUUUUUCUUUGGAUAUUUGGUCAAUGGCGUCUGCGAGGAAUACGUGUAUAACAGGCUGCAGUUCAGCUAUGGGUGGUACUUCACGUUUGUGCAAAGUUUCGUCUACUUAGGUCUCAUUUAUUUGCAGGGAUUCAGAGUGAAGCACAUGGUAAAUCCAUGGAAAACAUACUUGAAGCUUUCAGGCGUUCUUAUGGGAUCCCAUGGACUGACCAAGGGAUCCCUCGCUUUUCUCAACUAUCCCGCUCAACUCAUGUUUAAAUCAACCAAGGUUAUUCCGGUGAUGGUGAUGGGAGCUUUUAUACCGGGCUUAAGGAGGAAAUAUCCUGUACAUGAAUAUGUUUCUGCUGUCCUACUUGUGGUGGGCUUAAUCAUUUUCACCCUUGCAGAUGCCCAUACUUCGCCGAAUUUCAGUGUUGCGGGAGUGAUAAUGGUCUGUGGAGCUCUCAUAAUGGAUUCAUUUCUAGGCAAUCUACAGGAGGCAAUAUUUACAAUCAAUCCAUCCACUUCACAGAUGGAAAUGCUCUUCUGUUCAACAGUGAUGGGGCUGCCUAUGCUGGUCAUCCCCAUGCUUGUAACGGGCGAGCUCUUCAAAGCUUGGACCUCCUGCUCACAGCACCUGUACGUGUAUGGCGUGCUGGUAUUUGAAGCCAUGGCGACCUUCGUCGGCCAGUUGUCCGUCCUAUCUUUGAUCGCCAUCUUCGGUGCCGCCACGACUGCCAUGGUGACAACUGCGAGGAAGGCGGUUACACUUUUGCUGUCGUACAUUAUCUUCACCAAGCCUUUAACGGAACAGCACGCCACCGGCUUGCUCUUCAUUUCCAUGGCCUUUCUUCUGAAAAUGAUGCCCAUGUCCAUGUCCAUGUCCAUGCCUCACAAGCCAUCCCAAUCAAAUGAUGAUGACGAGGAACAAAGCAACUUGGCUUAGUCUCUUAAUUUCCUGAUUUCACACUGGUCAUGGUUUUCUCCAGCUUUCAGAUGAAAACCCUAAAUUUCCUAAUUUUAGCGGCAUGGAACGGACUAUAGAAUCAUGCCGGAAGAGUUUUACCCACAUUCAAAGAUGUUCGAAAAUUAUUCUCUCCCUCUACUUUAGUGUUGACCAAGCAAGCUAAAAUCCCGGUUUUGGGAUUUCACAGUAGUAAAGCCAUUUUUCUUGAAGUACAGAUGGAAUUUUUAGAAAGCAUGUAGGAAGCCUGAGUAUAGAUUUAAACCAGCAGUUUGGUUUAAAAAUAGGAUCUUCUCGAAAUUUGUAAAAGCGAUGGUGAAUGAACGCCAUGGAAUAUCUAAUUUUUAGCAAGGCGUGGAAGAUUCAAGAAAAUUGGCUUUCCAGUCAUUUGUCCUUUGGUUUUAAAAAGAAAAGGAUCUGUAACCGCCCCGCGUGUAAAACUGAAAAGUUGCCCAUGGCACGCUUGAUAAAAUAUAUUCUGUUCGUGUUGAAAAAAAAAUAGAAUAGUAGUAGACGGUGAAAAUCCUGUGGAGUCUUUUGUGAAACGUCCUCGUUGCUUUUCCCUCGUCUUUUCCCUCAGAAUGCUUACGCUUCGUCCUUAACUCUUCCGAGCAAGGCACAAGGAGAUAAGGAUUUUGGCGUUUUUAGGGGAAUUAAGACAAUUAAAUUCGAAUGACUAUCUGGAACAGGUAAUAUGAUAAUCUUUAAAUUUCAAAGAAAGAAUAGAAGAGAGGAGAAAGACUUCUCAGUUUUCUAGUUCAGGAGGGCAAAAGAUUAUUUAGGGGCAGCAGAUCUAGUUUUUGUUUUUGUUUUGAAAGAAUAUUAUAGAAGACUUUUAAGUUCAUGGGGCAACAGAUCCAGCGGUCUUUGAUUUGUCAAAGAGUAGAAUAAAAUAAAAGACUUUUAACAUUUAGGAUACAAAGAUGAUUUAUUGGACAGC